AUGGAAAACAAUAAUAAAGAUAGAGAUGAUAUUAUAGAAGAACAAGAUCUAGAUGAUAUAAAUGAUGAUAAUAUAGAUACAGAAUGUAAUAUUACUGAUGAUAUAAAGAGAGUUUCAAUAUAUAAUAAUAAUAAUAAUAAUGAUAACAAUGAUGAUAAUAAUAAAAAGACACUUCUUGAAAGAGUAAAUAAUGGAGAAUUUAUGAAGAUUGCUGCACCUAUGGUUAGAUUCAGUAGAUUACCCUUUAGAUUACUAUGUAAAAAGUGGGGUUGCGAUAUAACCUAUUCACCAAUGAUUCUUGCUGAAGCAUUCAAUAGAAGUGCAUAUGCAAGAGAUUCUGACUUUUCAACAAAUAUAUUUGAUGAUUCUUUAAUUGUACAAUUUGCUGCGAAUUCAGCUGAAGAGUUGGCAGCUGCUGCCGAAAAAGUGGCGAAACACUGUCAGGGUGUCGAUAUAAACUGUGGAUGUCCUCAGAAAUGGGUGAUGAAAGAAGGUUACGGUGCGAAUCUAUUGCAACAUCCUCAAAAGAUAACGGACAUGGUGAAACAGGUAAACAAUCGUGUCGGCAUUCCCUGUUCAAUAAAGAUUCGUGUCGAUAAGAACUUGCAAAAGACGGUGGAACUGGUGAGACAAGCCGAAGCAUCGGGUGUGUCGUGGCUGGCAGUACACGGACGUACCUCUUCGCAGCGUAGUUCUCACCCGGUAGACUACGAAGCUAUCAAGCUGGUGAAGGAGUCGGUUUCGAUACCGGUGUUUGCUAACGGUGAUAUCUUCACGCUGGAGCAAGCGAACGAGUUUAGAAUGAUGAUGAAUAAAGCAUGCUUUACAUUCUUCAUGAAUGCUUUACUUUGGAAACUUAGAUCGUCACUCUUUGAUGCAAGAUCUUCGAGCUUGGCACCACGCUGUCCGAGUUGUUCAACUGUUUUCUUUACGAUUGAAAUUGUCUCAUCGAGAUUCUUCUGUAGGCUGAGCAUUGGAUCAGCUUCGUGUGGAUUCUGUCAAUUACAACCAGUUCCAAUUUAUCAAGAGAAUGCUUCAGAGGAGAGAGGUGAAGUUGCACGUCUCUCAUCUUUUGUCGGUGCCAUUGCACUGACUGAUUUGGUAAAGACAACACUCGGACCAAAAGGUAUGGAUAAGAUCUUGGCCUCUAUGAGCAAUCCCAACGAGAUUACAGUGACCAACGAUGGUGCUACCAUCCUCACAAAGAUCUAUAUCGACAAUCCAGCUGCCAAGAUCUUGGUAGACAUCUCACGUACACAAGACGACGAAGUCGGUGACGGUACCACCUCUGUUUGCGUAUUGGCAGGUGAACUCCUCAGAGAAGGUGAGCGUUUAGUCGCACAAAAAGUACAUCCACAAACAAUCAUCAACGGUUGGCGUUUAGCUUUGGAUACCGCACGUUCAACCCUCGUCGCAUCAGCAAUCGAUCAUUCAUCAGACAAAGCAAAAACAACAUUGAGCUCAAAGAUUUUACAUACAGAGAAGGAACAUUUUGCAACGAUCGUUGUGGAUGCCAUUCUUAGAUUGAAGGGUAAUAAUAAUUUAGAGAAUAUUCAUAUCAUUAAGAAGUCGGGUGGAUCGUUGCGUGACUCCUACCUCGAGGAUGGUUUCAUCUUGGAGAAGCGUAUCGGUGUCGGUUGUCCAAAGCGUAUGGAGAAUGCAAAGAUUUUGAUUGCCAACACUGCAAUGGACACCGAUAAGAUUAAGAUUUUCGGUGGAAAGGUCGUUGUCGAGUCGAUGAACGAGUUGUCGAAGCUCGAGGAUGCCGAAAAGACAAAGAUGCUCGAGAAGUGCAAGAAGAUCGUCGACCACGGAAUCAACUGUUUCAUCAAUCGUCAGUUGAUCUACAACUUGCCAGAGCAAUACUUUGCCGAGCACGGAGUCUUGUCGAUUGAGCACGCCGACUUUGAGGGUGUCGAGCGUCUCGCCUUGGUCACCGGUGCCGAAAUCGUGUCGACCUUUGACCAUCCAGAGCUCGUCAAGAUCGGUACUUGCAAGUUGAUCGAGGAGGUCAUCAUCGGUGAGGACAAGGUCAUCAAGUUCUCCGGACUUCCAGACAGCCAAGCCUGCACUAUCGUGUUGCGUGGUGCCACCUCACACAUGUUGGAGGAGGCAGAACGUUCGAUCCACGACGCUCUCUGCGUCUUGUCGGUGACUGUCGGUGAGACACGUACCGUUUUGGGUGGUGGUUGUGUCGAGAUGGAAAUGGCCCAGGCCGUCGACAAGCUCGCUGCCAACACUCCAGGAAAGAAGGCAUUGGCUAUCGAGUCAUUCGCCAAGGCACUCCGUCAAAUCCCAACUAUCAUUGCCAACAAUGCCGGUUACGACAGCUCAGAGCUCGUCGCUCAACUCAAGGCUGCCCACUACCAAGGUAAAUCGCAAAUGGGUCUCAACAUGAAGGAAGGAUGUAUAGGAAAUAUUGUAGAUUUGGGAAUUAUCGAAUCAUUCAAAGUUAAACAACAAGUACUCGUAUCUGCACACGAAGCCGCUGAAAUGAUCAUGAGAGUCGACGACAUUUUGAGAGCCGCCCCAAGAAAGAGAGAACCAAUGGGACGUCAUUAA